CUGCCUGUGACAGAUGAUGACACGGGCAUCCCAACUGCCGCCGGCGGCGGCGGCGCGACGUCGAAAUGACGAAGACCUGGGCAUGCCAAUCAUGGACGGCACCAGUUACAUGCUCAACCCCAACGAACCACCGUCUCCCCAUGCCACGCCGGACUCUGACCUCUCCGGCUGGCUCUGGAUGCGUAGCUCCCUGCUCGGUCGAUGGCGGCACCGAUACUUCAGCUUUACCCAAGGGGUGCUCAGCUACUAUGAAUCCUUUCCGUCGGAAGAAUUCAUCAAGCAACAGACGUUGUCGUCGAACAGCGCGUCCCCAGCCCAUCAUCUCAUCCAACACGCCACGGCCCUGGGAACUGGGGCUCAACCUCGUGGUGUCCUUCGUGUCGCGCACAUCGAAGAAAUCAACAACAAGCUCGGGUUCAAGGUGUUUGCCACGAGUGGUAAAGUGAUCGAGAUCCGCGCCCCUCGCUCGGAUAUCCGACAGACUUGGCUAGCUGCGCUGCGGGCCACGGCCUUCACUCGAUCUCGCUCGUGGUCAGCGUCGAACCACGAACACCACCAAGACUUCCUCUCGCCAUCGAGCAAAGCUGCGAGCGCUGGAAUUAUGCGAUCCACCGAUCCUCUCAACGAUUGUAGUGUCGCCCGAGACACGUUGCGCGUCGAUAAAUGUGGCUGGCUCCUCAAGCGCUCAGACAUUCUGCGCCGAUGGAAUCGAUACUACUUUGUCUUGCAAGACCGCAUGCUGUCGUACUACAUGACUGACAGGCCGUACGACGUCCCUCGCCGUCGCGGGUACAUCCAAGGAGUUCGCCGAGACACCAAGCGCACCGACACUCUCGUCGUGUCGUUGAGCGCCGGCAAUGAACUGCACCUGCGGCUGCCGACUCGGUCCGCCGAAACCUUGAGUGGCUGGUUCGACAAGCUUGUGGUGACGGCCAUGCUACAGCGACCACAUACGACCGGUAGCCUUCCGCCCAUUGACGAUUCAGGGAGAGACCUUCUCGCCCUGAAUGAUCCGAAGCGCCACGCCAGCAACGACUCCACCGACGAUAGCCUCGACCACUCUUUCAUUUGAGGCCAACCCGUCUGUCUUAUUCCUAUUUAACUUGCUUCUCAAUCGAAUACGUCACGUGGUGUGUGCUGGCACUACAUCCUGCCAUGCGACCAGGGAUAUCUUCGCAGAGCUCAUC